AGACAGAUAUAAGGGCAUCGUCUCGGAAUAAACGACUAUCAGUGAGUAUCGCGCUGUUUUCGCGUAUAAACACGGGACACGCAGUAACACCGGCCGCAAUGUCGAAGUUUCAGAUUCUUUGCGUCGUUUUCGGCGCGACGAUCGCGUUCAGUGGCGCGGUGGUUUUGAGCGGGUACAACGGCGGCCAUGGGAUCUCGUACGCGGAUUACGAGGGCCUCGAUGGAUACUCCACCGUGCAGUAUGAAGGACACGCGGUCCUGCCAACGGUGGCGGUUCCGGUUCACGCGGUAUCCGCCUCGCCUGUUCACGUCGCAGCGUCCCUCGAUCACGGACCACAUCACGGAUACGAUCAUCACGCCGAUCACGAUCACGAUUACUACGCCCAUCCAAAGUACACGUUCAAUUACGGUGUGCACGACCCGCACACGGGCGACGUGAAGACCCAGCACGAGGUCCGCGACGGCGACGUGGUUCACGGGUCGUACAGCGUCAACGAGCCUGAUGGAAGCGUGAGGAUCGUCGAGUACACAGCUGACGAUCACAACGGGUUCAACGCGGUGGUGAAGAAAGUCGGGCCGGCCGUCCAUCCGAAACCGAUCCCCAUCGCGAAAUACGUCUCGCCGGCCUACUACAACAGCUACGACGAAUACGAGAAACACCACUUCUAAUCGUGUGAAUUUCGACGAAGUAUUGGAGUUGGGCGAAGAAACAGGGUCAGAAAGAAAUUACAAUUAUAUCGAGCGAGAGACGCGCGUGUGUGUGUGUGUGUGUGUGUUUGAUGAUCAACCUCUCGUUUUAUCGUAUCGAGUGACAGACAGGUGCUCGAAGUAUCACAAAAGUCCUAGCAGACGCUUUUGUCCUAAGUGUCAGUCGUUCGAGCGGAGCUGCCUUUCGGCUUGCGACAUUAAACUUUAAACUUUGAAAACCAGGAUAAACGGGGGAAGAAGAAGUGUCGGCGAUGAGGAGAGAAAAGGAAAAGUAAUUAUUAUUAAAACGAAAAAUUAAAAGAAGAACAAAAGAUGCACGUAAAAUGUAAAAGCAUAUUUAAACCGAAAAAUUUAAAAAAAAAGAGAAGAAAUACAUGUACAUGUAAAAAUAUCAAACGUAUCGAGUGAAAAUAAAUAGCUGUUCGAUAAUGAUUGACGAGUUUCCAUGAUUUUUAUUUGUUCUGAAAUGUUUGUGGAGAGUUUUGGAAGGAUGUGCCAAAACAAAAAAAAAAAAAAAAUAGAAAAGAAAAAAUAAAGAAAUGGUAAAUUGCGUCUUCGCCUCGCAAGAAAACGUGUUCUCGGGAGAAAUUUGCAUUCGAGUGAAAAUAAAUAGCUGUUCGAUAAUGAUUGACGAGUUUCCAUGAUUUUUAUUUGUUCUGAAAUGUUUGUGGAGAGUUUUGGAAGGAUGUGCCAAAACAAAAAAAAAAAAAAAAUAGAAAAGAAAAAAUAAAGAAAUGGUAAAUUGCGUCUUCGCCUCGCAAGAAAACGUGUUCUCGGGAGAAAUUUGCAUUCGAAUACAACGUCGAAUUAUCGGGGAGAUUAGCAUAAACGAGUGUUUGCUAUUCGUUAAUCGGUAGAAAGUGCGAAACGACUCUCGUGUUAUGUUCUAUCCAAUGUAGAUUGAACUAGAAGGCACGAAAUCGGACACGAUCAUUUUCGAUAAUUAAUUUUUGCGAGGAUCCUCGUUACGUUUCCGAUGAAUUCCCAUUUUGGCUGUUUAACUAAUGUUUAAUAUUUAAAUACACUCUUUGAUAAACCA